CACAAUUGAGAACACACCUCACAGUAUUAUGCGCUUGUUGAUUUGGGGGACGCAUCUACUCAGGCUCCUACGGAACGGAUUAAUCUGUAAUGGGGGGAGUAAAACAAGAGCAGAGCGAUGGUCCUGGAUCAAAAGGGUUUCAUCAUUCAGACUCAACACAGGAAGACAACAAUAACUCACUCAACGCACAACCUGUAAAGAAGCGUGGCUGGCCCAAGGGUAAAAAGAGAAAGAAGGUCUUACCCAAUGGUCCCAAGGCUCCAGUGACUGGGUACGUGCGCUUCCUGAAUGAAAGACGGGAACAUAUACGUGCGUUGCACCCUGACCUCCCUUUCCCUGAAAUUACCAAGAGACUCGGGGCCGAGUGGAGCCGCUUAGCUCCCCAUGACAAACAGCGUUACCUGGAUGAAGCAGAGCGAGAAAAAGUGCAAUAUGCACGGGAACUGAGGGAGUACCAGAAGAGUGAGGCCUACCAUAUCACCAGUGCCAAGAUCCAAGACAAAAGAAUUAAGAAAGAGGAGUUAACGUCUGUUAUUAUAAACGCCAAUAGUUCAGGAUCAGCAGCUAUUAAGAGUUCAGAUCUUUCCAACAGAUUCGACGUGCCCAUUUUUACAGAGGAGUUCCUCGAUCAAAACAAAGCACGAGAGGCAGAGCUUCGGCGGCUGCGUAAGGCCAACGUGGAGUUUGAGGAGCAGAACAGCAUUCUGCAGAAGCACAUAGCUGAGAUGUUUAGUGCCAAAGAGCGUCUGGAGGCCGAGCUGGGUCAGGAUGAGCUUCGCACACAGGCUCUGCACCGCCGCCUGCAAGCUAUCAAACAGACGCUAGUCACCAGUCUGGCUUCCGUGCCCCUGCCAGAUCUCUUGUUUACAGGCACAGGUGAGACCCCCUCGUUUGGAACUCUAGACACUUACCUGAGCCGUUUGAGCAGUGCCUUGGAGAGCAGUCCUCACGAGCACCGCACUCUGCUGCUCAAGCUCCAAGAUCUCCUGGCUCACUUAGACAGUGAGAAACUUUGAGAAACGUAUGCAGCUGUGUCGUUUAUGGAAUUGAGGUGUUCACUUAAGCAUCUCCUAACACCCUGAAGACAGGAUUAAACAGAAACCUGAAGGAAAAUCUCUGCUUUUCAUGGUGUGCAGUAGUGCCUGAAUGUCUCAUUAGGCGUAGUUGGCUCUUUAGGCGCUAUUGACAUUGUAGAGCUUUAGAAUGUUUUUAAUUUCUCAAAUUGAUAAGAAAUUUUUUUAUUUUUGUGUGUGUUGUUUCAUACCUUAAAACUGUCCUUUAAUCUUCUCUUUAUUCUUCAUUGCUGUGGACUUAAACUAUGUCUAUUUAAUAACAGUUGUUCAUUUGUCAUUCCAGAAACAUAAAUCAUUUUCCUCUAAUUGAUUGCUAAUAUGUAAUAGAAUUGCAGUAUUUCGGGCAAUUAUUAUCGUGAAACUUUUUUCCUGAAUGUAGAUUUUAUAUUUUACACUGAUUUAUAAUAAUUGUGUAUUUAAAAAGAAACAUAUUGAGGUAGGUAUCUGAAGCUGAAUCAGGGAAUGUUUUGAUUAAAUAAAACUGCUCUUGUUUUAAAAUGUUUACUCUGGAAAACAAAAUUUCUGUAAUGUCUUAGUGUAUAAUUGCAAAAUUCUUCAUAAUUGUAUGCUGCUCCAUAUAAUGUUGCAGUUCCCUAAAAUGCAAUAAAAUAGGGAUACCGUAUUUUUCA